UCGAGCCGAAACUUAAAGCCAAUGACCAUCUCUUGUCUGAGAGUAUCGUUGGCUCCAUGGAUCACGAAAACGCCAAGGCCAAGGCCUCCUUUGAAAUCAAUACCAUUUCGAAUCCUUUGCACUGCUCAAUCCUCUGUAGAAGAAAAGGAGCCGCCCCUCCCUCUCUCCGCCCCCAAAUGGCAACCUUUUCGCAAGAAGAAGGUCGUCAUAAGAGUCGGCUACGUCGGUACCGACUACAGAGGUCUUCAGUUGCAGCGAGAUGAACACGAGCUAUCUACUGUUGAAAAAGAACUGGAAACUGCAAUUUUCAAGGCUGGAGGAAUCCGUGACAGUAACUACGGGAACCUGCACAAAAUUGCCUGGGCCAGAAGCAGUCGAACCGAUAAAGGAGUUCACUCUUUGGCAACAAUGAUCUCCUUGAAAUUGGAGAUACCUGAAGAUGCUUGGAAGGGAGAUCCCAAUGGCAUUGCUCUGGCUAAUUGCGUUAACUCUUAUCUUCCGGAUAAUAUUAGAGUCUUCGGUAUAUUACCUUCUCAAAGGAGUUUUGAUCCUAGAAGGGAAUGCAAUCUCCGGAAAUAUUCGUACCUUCUACCAGCUGAAAUCAUUGGAAUAAAGAGUCACUUCACAGAAGCUGAAACUAAUUAUCAUAUAUCAGAUUUCAACAGUGUGUUAAAUUGUUUUGAGGGUGAACAUCCUUUCCAUAAUUAUACUCAAAGAGCCAAGUACAGAAGACGAGUUCCUCCAAGGCAAACUGCCAGAAAUGGUCGUCCACCUAGAGUUAAAUCUCAUAGAGAAGCAUCAACUUCCGAGUCGGAUGAAAGUGAUGUCGAAGAAGAUUCCAGGAUUAAUGAAACAACUAUGGUAAAUAGUGAGGAAACGUCAAGUGGUAUCGAUGAACCUCUGGCUGGCUCUAGCGACAGUCGGGGCACUGGCUUGAAGGAUCAAAAGCCCAAGGUAAUUAAAGCAAGAUGGUUAUAUGAACCUGAUGAGUCUGAUAGAAUAACCGCUUCCCACUUUAGAAAAAAUUUUCGUUGUUCUUGUGGAAAGCUGGAGAAUUCAAUGGGAUUUGAUUACGUUGAAAUUUCCAUAUGGGGGGAGUCUUUCAUGUUGCAUCAGAUCCGCAAAAUGGUCGGUACCGCCGUAGCUGUGAAGCGCAAGUUGCUCCCGAGAGAUAUUCUAACAUUAUCACUAGCCAAGUUCUCACGGAUUGUCCUUCCACUUGCUCCCUCUGAAGUUCUGAUUUUGAGGGGCAACACAUUCAUAUUGAGGAAUGUACCUGGUAGUGUAACAAGACCUGAAAUGCUGACAAUGGUUGAAUCGGAAGAAAUCCUCAAGGAAGUCGACAAGUUCUACUCACCUGUAAUGUUACCACAAGUUUCGAAAUUCUUGGACCCUUCCAAAUCUCCCUGGAAAGAAUGGGUUGAAAAUUUAGAUUUUAACACGGGCAUUCCCGAUUCGGAGUUGGAUGAAGUCAGGAAUGCUUGGAAGGAGUGGAAGGGAAAGUUUCCUGUUAGACAAACAACUUCUGCAUCAGAAGUGAGCCUAUAAAACAAUGUAGUGCUCACACAAACGGAUAAUAAAGUUUUUUUUUUCUUCUUUCUUUCGACAUGAUGAUAAUGGACUGUCAUUCUUUGUUACUCUGCCGGAUCAUAUGAAUCAAAAAUCCUGAAAGUUCAGGGUAUUGAAGUUGGAAUUAUGGCUUGGUCAGAAAACUUAUUUGAGGUAAUUGAUGCAGGAAGGGAUGAUCACGGAAGUUCGGAAAAAUCAGAAGGAUCACCGGCGUUCUGCUAAGCUAGGAUAAUGCAUACCCAUUUCUAUUUUUG